AUGGGCAAGGAAAAGGGACAUAUUAACAUUGUUGUUAUCGGUCACGUCGAUUCUGGUAAGUCUACCACUACCGGUCACUUGAUUUACAAGUGUGGUGGUAUCGACAAGCGUACCAUUGAAAAGUUCGAGAAGGAAGCCACCGAAUUGGGUAAGGGUUCCUUCAAGUACGCCUGGGUUUUGGACAAGCUCAAGGCUGAACGUGAACGUGGUAUCACCAUCGACAUUGCCCUCUGGAAGUUCGAAACUCCUAAGUACUAUGUUACCGUUAUUGAUGCUCCCGGUCACCGUGACUUCAUCAAGAACAUGAUUACUGGUACUUCUCAAGCUGACUGCGCCAUUCUCAUUAUUGGUGGUGGUACUGGUGAAUUCGAAGCUGGUAUCUCCAAGGACGGUCAAACUCGUGAGCACGCUUUGCUUGCCUACACUUUGGGUGUCAAGCAACUCAUUGUUGCCGUCAACAAGAUGGACUCCGUCAACUACUCUCAAGCUCGUUUUGAGGAAAUUAUCAAGGAGACUUCCAACUUCGUCAAGAAGGUUGGUUUCAACCCCAAGACCGUUCCUUUCGUCCCCGUCUCUGGUUUCCAAGGUGAUAACAUGAUUGAGCCUACCACCAACAUGACCUGGUACCAAGGCUGGCAAAAGGAGACUAAGGCUGGUGUCGUCAAGGGUAAGACUCUUUUGGAAGCCAUUGACGCCAUCGAGCCCCCUGCACGUCCCGUCGAGAAGCCCCUCCGUCUUCCUCUUCAAGAUGUCUACAAGAUCGGUGGUAUUGGCACAGUCCCCGUCGGUCGUGUCGAAACCGGUACUAUCAAGCCCGGUAUGAUUGUCACCUUCGCUCCUUCUGGUGUCACCACUGAGGUUAAGUCCGUCGAAAUGCACCACGAAUCUCUUGAAGCUGGUCUCCCCGGUGACAACGUUGGUUUCAACGUCAAGAACGUUUCCGUCAAGGACAUCCGUCGUGGUAACGUUGCUGGUGACUCUAAGAAUGACCCCCCUAUGGGCUGUGCUAACUUCACCGCUCAAGUCAUCAUUCUUAACCACCCCGGUCAA